AUGGCAACUUUCUAAUAAAAGUAUGAUUCAUUGAAAUAAGAAUUUAAUGAAGUAGAUAUCAAUGAUGAUGGUAGAUUAGAUAAGAAUGAGAUGUUCCAAGUUUUAGAUUCUAAGGUAUUAUUUUUUUUGAUUUCUGUGUUGAUUAGAUUGGAAAAUAAUUUGAUCGAGAGAUUGCAGAAGAAUUGUGGGCUAAUUUGGAUAUUAAUAAUGAUGGUAAAGUAACAGCUAAUGAAUUUAUUCAAAUACUUUUGAAAGCAGAAGAAAGUUUAAAGAGUAAAAUAAACAAUUGCCGAACUACUUUAGAAUUAAACUAUUAACAGAAAAGAGAAACAGAAACUAAUUUGGAUUAUUGUUAGUAAAAUGAGAAAUUGAAUAAUUUUGGUGUUAUGGAAGGCAGUCAAUUAUGUGUUAUUGUGGUUCAAGCUGCUAAUCUUAAAGCAGAUGGUAAAUAAUUAGAUCCAUUUGUUACUUUGUAAUUUGAUAAAUUUGAAAAGCAAACAAUAAUAAGUAAAGGUACAAAUCCAGUUUGGAAAGAGAAUUAGAAGUUUUAUUUUCCAGUAUAGACUGGUAAAGAAGAUUUAAAAUUAACAGUUUGUGAUUUUGAUAAAUACACUCCUAAUAUAGUAAUUGCAAGAGUUGAUUUAAAUUUAUCUAAUAAUGGAUUUAAUUUGAAAAAUUAAUAAUUACAUGAUAUUUGGCUUGAUUUAUAUGAUAUAAAUGGAAAUAGAAGUGGAUCAUAAUUGAAUAUUCAAAUUUAAUGGGUUUAUUCUAAGGUCAGAUAUCUUAGAGAUGUAUUAAACUCUUAUCAAUAAUAAGUAUAUUAAUAGGAAUAAGAAUUACUUUAAUAUGAAAGAGAUCUUUUUAUUCUUUAUGAACCAUUUGUAAAGUGGAGAUAAUUAAAUACAAAAGGAUUUUAGAAACCUAUUUCUAAGGACCCUACAUAAUCUAUGAUUCCAAUUUCAUAUUAAUAAGCAGAUCCAACAAAAAUUGUUAAACCAUUCUCUGAUCCAUUGUUAGAUAAAAAUAACAAAUUCAAAUUAAUUACUAUAUUGAUUGGUCUCAUAGCUUGUCUUACUCUACUGAUAUUAUUUUACAAAGCUCAAUUUUUUGAUGUAAGGAGAGUGUUACUAUUAUUAGUUACUCUUAAUUAUAGACUUCUAUAUUCUUUGGGAAUUCAAUGCUUUAAAUGAGAAUCGUAUUAAGACUCUAGGCAUCUUGUUUGGAAUGAGUUGUUUUUUAGAUAUAGUUUGGAUCUUUUGUAUUGGUUUUAAAUGGCUUGCUAAUGAUUCUCAUGAGAUUUUUAUACCUUAUGAAAUCUCUAUCUAAAAAAUGAUCUCAGUUUUAGUAAUUAUCAGUCUAAUUGUGAGAGUAAUUAUCAAUUUAAUUCUUAGUUGUAUCUAAUACUAAAUUUAUUUUAAUUGUCUCAAGAAGUGUAAAACCUUACUAAUCCAUAACCAAUGAAAAUUCAACAUAGAAAUAUUGUCAAAAUAGACAUGCAAAAUACUCAUAAUAUUGAAUCAAAAACAUAUCUCCAUAAUGGAAGACCUAUUGUGAUUUAUUGA